AUCACAAGCAGCAGUCGACCUCUAAAUCGAGGCUCAUUGGCUCAUUCAGCACAGUCGCAGGCUGUAUCCUGUUAGAGGAGCUAACAAUUAGCCUUUCACUCUUCGCGCUUGUUCAGUUGACAUCGAUAACGGUGUGCUGUCCUGAAGAGUCUUUAACGUUUGCAUCUCGAGUGUGAAACAAACAUGCCUCGGGUGUAUAUUGGACGACUGAGCUAUCAUGUCCGCGAAAAAGACAUCCAGCGGUUUUUCAGUGGUUAUGGAAAACUCAUGGAAAUCGACUUAAAGAAUGGGUAUGGAUUUGUGGAAUUUGAAGAUAACCGGGACGCCGAUGAUGCGGUGUACGAACUAAACGGAAAAGAACUGUGCGGAGAGCGAGUGAUCGUCGAACAUGCCCGAGGCCCGCGGAGAGACCGAGAUGGCUACCAUGGUGGGGGUUACAUGGGUGGUGGGCGCAGUAGUGGAGGUUAUAGCAGCCGCAGUCGCACCGGCAGGGAUAAGUAUGGACCCCCAGUCCGUACAGAGUACCGGCUUAUUGUUGAGAAUUUGUCUAGUCGAUGCAGCUGGCAAGACCUGAAGGACUUCAUGCGCCAGGCUGGAGAAGUGACCUAUGCAGAUGCCCACAAGGAGCGCACCAAUGAGGGAGUGAUCGAAUUCCGUUCUCAGUCGGACAUGAAGCGGGCUUUGGACAAACUUGAUGGAACAGAUAUUAAUGGGAGAAAGAUUCGUUUGGUGGAAGAUCGCCCCCGUAGACGAAGAUCUUACUCCGGAAGCCGUUCCCGAUCACGGAGUCACCACCGCAGAUCUCGCAGCAGGAGCUCUAGGAGCCGCUCCAGGUCUCGUUCCAGAUCUCGUUCACCUAGUAACAAAAGGCGCCGGUAUUCUCGCUCAGUUUCUGGAAGAAAGUCUCGCUCCAAAUCUGGAGAAAGGAAAUCUCGCAACCGCAGGUCACGCUCUCGAUCUCACAAGUCCAAAUCUCGCUCUGUCUCCAUGAAGUCCAGAUCUCGUUCAGGUGACCGAAAAUCCAAAUCCCGUUCGAAAAGUCUAUCUAAGGUGAAAUCUGAGCGUGAUUCUCGUAGCCGAUCAAAGGAAAUGUCCACUGAAAAGAAGUCUCGUAGUCGUUCGGCCUCCCCCAUGGAGAACGGAAUCGUGGAGCGUACUACCAAGUCUGCCUCCCGCUCCCCAUCUCCAUACCCACGACAGGACGACCGGCGCUCUCAUUCAAGGGAGAAGCGAUCUGCCUCCCGCUCAAAGUCUCGCUCAAGAUCUUGUUCAAGGUCUAGAUCAGCUUCUCAGGAUUAGUGUUUGUCUAGAGGGGGUUCUCUGUUUGCAGAGCUCAAUCCCUUUGCUGUAAAUAGUGAGCAGUGUCGUCAUGCUGGCUUAUGCUUCCAGACUCUACUUUUCUCUUACAAGUAUGCUAUUUUUCCUUUAUAUGGUUUUUAAUGGCUGUUCAAUUACAACUGGAACAAGGACGCAUGCUGUAAGCAUGGAUACAUGUACACAGAUCAAAAUCUUUUAAUAGUUUGAAAGUAUAGUGAAUUUUCUAUUCUUACCAACAAAUUGGCUAUGUUUUGGUUCAUAUUUUGUGUUCAUUUCUAAAGCCUGCAUCACCAGGUAUUGGUUUCAAAUUCAAACUGCAUGGUUGUU